AAAAUGGCAGCCCCACCCGACGACAGCGAUGGCACGGCGACGCCUCCGAAAGCAAGCAGCGAUGCCAAGCACCGCGCCACGCCCGUGAAGCAGCCCUCCUACACGCGAGAAGGCAUUACUUACAGGCAAUUGCCCGCUUGGCAUGAUGCCAACACUCUAUACGAGUUCCGGCGCGAGCACGGCAAGAGCCAGUACAACGUCGUGAGCGAUGCAAAGGCCCACUUCAAGAAGCUGGAAGCAGGUUCAAUAAGUGUGUGGGCGGCUUACGACGGCAAGACGCUGGUCGGCCUCGUGAGCGCGGAAGCGACGUCCGAGUACCGCACACGUAAUGGUAAAGGACGCCCCUGGGCCAUCGGUCACCUGGUCGUAAGAGCGUCGCAUCGCCGGAAGGGCGUGGGCAGCGCGCUAUGUAGAUUAGCGGCCGCUUUAUUAUUAGCGGGAAACCAGCAGUGCGCCGAGGUCUAUGCGGCCGUGCACGCCGACGACGAAGUAGCGAUCGCCACGUUCGCACGGGCCGGCUUCGAGGAGCUGGUGACGCACGCGGACUACCAGAGGGGCCGCGACGCGACCGUCUUUCGCAAGCGGCGGGAAGGGGGCGUGCCGACGGCGGCGGCGAAGCCGCCGGCGCCGCCUAGACCGAAACCGAAGGCGGAGGUCGUCCCCCGGUGGCAGCGCGACUACGCGGAGGGGCGGCCGGUCUAUUCGGUCGCCCGGGACUCGUAUCCCGGCGGGGAGCCGCGCGACGGGGCUUCGUAA